GGAACCAAUAUACAUAAAUCAUGGCCCCUGAGGACAAAGCUGCUGCUGGUCCAGCCGGAGCAAAUGGAGUUGUCAAGAAAAAGCGCGUCGUCACCACCGCUGCAGACAGAGAGAGGGCCAAGCUCAAGGCCGAAGAUGCAAGAUGGAGAGCAGCCAAAACCCCUGAUGCAAAAGCCUGGAUCAAUUCCACGAGGUUGUUGAGAGAGUCUUUCUCCAUGAACAGAGAAGACAUUCUGGCUCUCAAGGUCGGUCCCGCUACUCGACGUGAUCUCUGGGCCAAAAGUGAUGCUAUGGGUCUGCAUGUUGAAAUGUUCGACACUAGAUCACGCAAGGAUGGACCAUUGGAGAGCUACAUUGUGAUUGGACAACCUAGUUCGAGACAUCUUGUGAAUGACAAAGUCAGAGAGAUUCAACGCCAAAACAAGAGAGCAAUCCAGGAAGCCGAGGACGAGGCCGAGGAGGAAGACGAAACGAACGCUGGAGCCGAUGAGCCCAAGAAUCCAGCCGAGAUGAUAGAUCCCUCCCUUCGCGAGCAACGAGCUCCUGUGGCUCAAAUGAUGCUACCUGGUGUUCGACAAGCCGCCAAUCAGGGCAAUGACAUUUCUCAGCAACUGCCUCCCAUCGAUCAAACACCAAAGGCAACCGCCACUGAGACUGCCCAGAUGGAUCUCCCGAACGAGGAUAUUGAGGCAGCAAAGCAGCUCAGUGAUCUCAAGGCCCAAGCUGUACCUGCAAGACCCGUCUUCCGCAAAGAGACUACCGAACAGGAACCUACUCUGCCAGGCGAGACUCCCCAAGUAUCUGAAACUCUGCCACAAGACGAAGCAUCAGGACUUCUCACUGCCGAAGAAGCCGCAGAGAGCGACCGUAUUGCCAGCUGGGUAUCCCAACAAGCUCAAUCGGCUCAGACAGAAAAGGACAUUGUCGACCCCACCGGAUAUUGGAAAAUCACCUGCGCAGCAAUCGCCGAACAACUAGGUUCCACCACCAACGAACUUACCCUAACCAUCUACCUCGAGCCAACAAGACCUCAGAGCGACAACGAUACCGAUGAUGAAAACCCCUCAGCCGUCUCCGAGAAGGACAUCCCCGAGGCCGACCUCACAGAAGCUCAAAAGGCAAGACUCGGCACUUACCAACUCUGGGCCACCUUCGAACUAGGCCUCUACCAAGGCAUCAUCCGCUUCAUGUCUCCUACAACUCCCAACACCACUCCUACCCAACGUACUGCUUUCGACUUGCUCCCCACCCAGCUUCCUUCCCUCACAAACCGCACUUUCCAAUACAAGUGGCGCGGCCGCGAGACUUCCGACUCGGAAAUCUCUGUCGAGGCUGAGAACGCAACACAAUGGGUCAAAUUCGAAGAAGACGGUGUUAAUCUCACUGGUGUUUUCGAGAGCGAAUAUCUUGGCGAAACUGGAUUUGAAGGACAAAAGGUUAGCAAGAGUGACAGCGCAAAGGUCCUUUUAGGCAAGGCUUGGAGUGAGGUUAGUCCCCAGGCUCAUGAGGCCGAAGCUAAGCAGAAGGAGUGAUUUUGCUAGAGCAUGUGAAAGUGGUGGGUGUGUUUUGUAGCCGUUGAG